UUCAACUUUAAGCAACGCGAACUACAAACCUAGUACGGCUGAGAAGUUUAAAACCAAUAAGCGUCUUCGCGGUAGGUUUUGCUCAUCUAAAAUCUCUAAAUGACUUCGUUCAAAGAGACGAGGGAUUUUAUUUUACUUUGCUAUGACCAAGGGAUUCUUAACGAUGAAGAACUCCUGGUUUUGUACAAACAGUACAAGUCUCCAAGCUUUGACCUACUGUACAGUGUAUAUCCACUUUUCGAUCUGGACGAGAUGGAAAAUGAUGAAUGCCAUGCAGAAUUUCGAGUGAAGAAGAGAGAUAUACCUGCGCUCGCAGAAGCGCUUCAAAUCCCAGACUGGAUUACCUGUAAUCAGCGGAGCAAAGCCGAGGGCACAGAAGCCCUUUGUAUGCUUCUAAAGCGCUUUGCUUACCCUUGCGGGUACAGUGAUAUGGUACCACGGUUCGCUCGUCCUGUACCUGUUUUGAGCAUGGUAACCAACGAAUUGCUCGAUUACAUCUACACAGCUCAUAGUCAUCGAAUUAUCAAUUGGAAUCCUGCAUUGUUGAACCCACCAGCUUUGCAAACCUAUGCCCGAGUUAUCUCCCAAAGAGGGUCACCAUUGCAGAACUGCUUUGGUUUUGUUGACGUAACAGUUAGGCCUAUUUCGAGGCCUGAUAAUAACCAGAGAAUUGUCUACAACGGUCAUAAAAGAGUUCAUGCUCUAAAGUUUCAGUCUCUAGUUCUGCCAAAUGGGAUUAUUGGACACCUGUAUGGCCCUGUUGAAGGAAGAAGACAUGAUGCUGGAAUGCUUCGGGAUUCACAGCUCCCACAGAAUUUACAGAUGUUUGCUUUUGAUCUUCAUGGGCAGCCAAGUGCAUCUAUGGGGACCCUGCCUCUCCCUUGAGGAUCCAUUUGCAGGCACCAUUUCGCAAUCGAGUGUUAACUCCUCAAAUGCAGGCAUACAAUUCAGCAAUGAGAAAAGUUCGUUCCUCAGUGGAGUGGUUGUUUGGGGACAUGAUAAAUUAUUUCAAGUUUUUAGACUUUA